AUGGCAAUCGAAUUUACGGUUCCUUUCACAACCAAAAUUUAUUUCGAUGCCCCACACAUAUAUAAAACGACUAAUUUGUGGAAAACACCUAAUAAAGAUAUUUUGAAAUAUAAUGAUAUCAAUAUCCCUGAAUCAGCUUCUAAUGAGGAAAAAUCUAUUAUAUAUGCUCUUCCAGAUAAUUUAGAAAAUCUAACUAUCACAGAGUACUGUCAAAGCAAAGAUACUCCAAGUGUUGUUAACUUAUCUGGCUUUACUACAUUAGGUUAUAUUGAACCCACUAAUGCUAUCUGUAUUGCAGCAAGUUUAACAACUUUUAAAUCCUUAAACGAUGAACAAAAAAAGGUAUUCAAUGAUUUAUCCAGAGAAUUUGACGUUGAUAUUAUCUUAACUGAAAAGCCAAUAUAUAUUAAAGAUAUAUUAAAUAAUGACGCUAACAAUGACGAUUCGUUGUAUAUUACACUUUUAGGUAAGAUUUCACAUGUAGAGGCUUGUUUACCACAUUUACAAAUAUCACUUGAUAUACUAGAUAAAACGAGGGAGAGAUUUGUACAAAGUUUAGAAUUAGAAUCCUAUUCAUUAUUGCCUUUAUGUACUGGUAUUAAUAUGUCGAUUAUUGAAAGUUUAUCAAAGACUUAUCAUUGCAAUAUUUACUUACCUUCCUUCUCUAACAUCCCUGAUGAUAUUGAUGUAACACCAACUAUUUUCUUUUCAAGUACUGUAAAAGCUAUGACAUUAACUGCAAAGAUUAAGUUAGAAACCCACAUCCAAAAGAUUAAAGAAAAUUUAUUUUUUCAAAGAUUUUCAAAUAUUUCUCCACUAAAACUUUUAUUUAUCAAAAACUUUUAUGAUAAAACCAUAAAGAAGUUAAUGAAUAAAUUUCAAUCUUUUAUUACGGUUACCGAAUCAUUCAUUGAAUUUCAAUCUCCAUCUGUUGCCAUUUUAGAUGUUGUCACCAAAAUAUUUACAAUCCAAGUACUUCACAAUAUUGUCGAAAUUCAGAUGAUUAUGAAUGAUACAUUUAAGUUUAAUGAUAAUAAGAAUUUGUUGACUAAUUUAUUCAAAAUUUCUAGUGAAAGUAAAAUUUCACUAAUGCAAUUCUCUGAUGUUCCUAAUCAAUUAGUUUUCUGCAUUGAUCAUACUAGUAUAAACAUAAAAAGAGAUUAUGUUGAUAGCGAAUCAGCUUCAUUCACCAAUGAGGAUAUAUUAAAUAAUUUAAAAAAUUUAUUUAAUAAGGAAAAGCUUUUCCCAUUUAUGAAGCAACUAAGAGCUAUCUUCGAAAUUCAUCCUGACUUUGAAGAAUUUAUCUCUGGUAAGAAGAAUGGUAAGUUGACUAGAAUCAUGGAACUUUCUAGUUGUCUUUUAUCAUUGGAAAUGAAUGAAGGUGACGAAAAUAUGUUUUUAAACGUCAUCAGUGAUUCCUUUGAAGAUUUUCAAAAAGGAUUUCAUUGCUUUACAGACGAACUACCAUCAGAAGAUUCUUUUUUUAUACCAGAAGUUUACCAUAGACCGGUUAUUGGUGCGGGAGGUUCUGUCAUUCAAACAACAAUGAAAAAACAUAAUGUUUUUAUUCAAUUUUCAAACAGUUUCUUUUUACCUCAAAACGAAUUUUCUCACAUUAGGUAUGAUAAUGUAAUCAUUAGAUGCCCACACAAAAACGUAAUGGGUAUUGAAAUGGCAAAACUUGAAUUGAAGGAAUUGGCCAAAAAUUAUAGCUCAACGCAGUACAAGACAUUCUUAAGAUUCUCACCUGGUCAAUACCGUUUUAUAUUAGAGCAUGGUAAUGAUUAUAUUGGUCAAAUUGAAAAGAAUAUGAAUGUUUAUAUCUUAUUUCCUACUGAAGAACCAUCAGAAGGUUAUGAGUUAGAAAUUCGGGGUAACAACGAUAACUCAAUGGUUGCUGCUCAAAAAUUAAUUAGCCUUUGCUUUGGUUCUGAAAAAGAAUUAAUUUUAAGUUCUAAAUUAAACAUUGAUGAUCCUAAACUCUUCAUAAAAUGGCAUAAUGAAAUAAUUAUUCCCUUAAAGUAUUCUCUAAAUACAGAAGUUACGGUAUCUGAGAAGCUAAUCAGAUUAACUUAUCAUAAAGAUAAUGAUAUUAAUGUAAGACAAUCUAUUGAUUUACUGAAUGAAUAUUUAUUAAAGCAGAAUAAUUCUAUUAAAGAAAGAAGAAAUAUUGAAGAUUUUAUUUCCAGAACCGACACUCCUGAAAAGACUGGGGAUGAUCCUACUAGCUUGCUAAAUAGAAAUAAGCAUGACGCCCAAAAUAGCAAUAACCAGCACAAUAACUAUAUGUCAAAUAAUGUCAAUAACGGUAGAAAUUAUAAUAGUCCAACCAAAAAUAGGGUAAAUUUAAAUUCUGCUCCUGCAAAUCAGCAGUUGAGAAAUAGUUCUAUUCCUGUUGAUGUUGAUAUGGACAGAAAAAAGUUCAACGUCCAAUACCCUUAUACUGGUUCUAAUAAUACAACUGCGCAUGCAAACUCUAACAAUACUAAUACUAAUAAUGAAAAUACUACUAACACAACAAGUAAUAAUAAAUUUAAUAAUGGUUAUAUGUACGAUCAUGGUUACGAAGAAAAUAACACUCAAAAUUUUAGUACAUACCCUUAUAAUUUAGCUUAUCCACAAGAAGGACAAGAUAUGAACAUCUAA